AACAUUUUCAGUUCUUCAACGGUUUUUGUUCAUUAUCAACCGCGUUCCAGACUUGAUAUUUUCCCUGGUGCACAAUGUUCGUUGCUUUGAUACUCUUCCUCACCCUAUCGCCGCUUCUUGCUUUUUCCUACAACGUGGACACGAGUCACCCUAUCAUCUACGAAGAUCGGGAACCUGGAGGAAAUGGAUAUUUCGGAUACACCGUCGCCCUCCGAUCUGGUCAACACUCUGCUGUCUCGGCCAGCAUCUUCAUUGGUGCUCCGAAAUACAAUAAAGAUGAGGGUGCCUUGUAUCGGUGCUCCGUAAAUGUGAACGAAACACGUAGCAACUCCUGCCGAAGACUGGAGCUCGACCAGGCAUCCAUUUCGGAAGAAAUUAGAGUACAGGGUUUUAAAAAUCUAAAAAUUACACGAUUUGGGACCGUCGGGUGGCUUGGAGCAAGUCUCGCGACUCGAGAGAACUCUGAUCUUACGGUCUGCGCUCCACGCACGUCAUUCGAAUAUACUGCCAUUGACAGGUUCAAUCGAAGCAUGGCUGCGGGGUUGCUGGACGAUAUGCGUGGAAUUUGUUACAACCUGCCUGAUGCCAUCGGCGACACCCUUUACCGCGAUAACUCCGUGUUAUUACAUGGCGAAUACUUGUCACAAGGCACCAAUAUCAAUGCUCUGUAUGGAUUCUCCAUCAACUAUGCUGCGAAAAAGGACCUGAACACCGUCGAGCUAAUCAUUGGGAGACCUAGAUUGAACAAGGUCGAUAUUCAUCACGAAAAUAAAACGGAGACCAGAGUAUAUCCCGGUCUCGGUGCUGGCGAUUUUGACGAGGCAUUAUCGAAUGCCGCAAUAGGUGCCAAUCUUGGCUACUCUGUCACCUCGGGAUAUUUUUUCCGUUCCCAAGAGUUGGUCUUUGCUGCUGGAACGCCAACGUGGAAUUUUAAGGGUCAGGUCGUAGUUUACUUGCCGGGUACUGCGUGGGAAACAAAAAUCGACGGUUCCGUACUGGGCGAGUACUUUGGCGCGAGUUUGACCACCGGGGAUUUUGACAACGACGGUUUGGAUGACAUUGCCGUAGGUGCGCCUCAUUGGGGCGAGGUCGACUACGGUCGGGUCUACACAUAUUACGGCAACAAUAAGGGCGUCUUUAGGGAAGGUCUGAUGCUCCAGGGUACAGCAGAAUACGGACAGUUCGGUUACACCCUGGCCGCCGGUGAUCUGGACAAUGACGGUCACGCAGAUUUGGUGGUUGGUGCUCCGUGGGAGGCGUCCGGUACCGUUUACGUCUUUUACGGUCAGCCUGAGUUCGGGACUAAAGGAGGAUUUACUCCGAUAACCCAACGAAUCGCACCUUUGGACUUUAAAAGCUCUCCUCUCAUCCAGGGUUUCGGAUUCUCGCUUGCGAUUCCUGUCGACGUCGAUAAGAAUGGAUAUCCCGAUUUGGCAGUUGGUGCGUACAAAUCUGGCCACGCUGUUGUAUUGCGGGGUAAACCUGUUGUAAAGGUGACACCUCAACUUGUCUCCUAUACACCUAUAUUGGAGAGAUCGGCUCGCAGUUUUGUCAUCGGCAUCUGUGCCGAGUAUCAGGGAAAGAGGGCACCGGAAUUUCAAGUGUUCAGGGUCGAGAUCGCAGCGGAUGAAGAAUACAUGCGUAUUGAAAACGACGAAACUACGAAGUUGUUUACAGCACCGUUCACGCGUGAUGAGAUAUCGUGCGUCAACAAAACGCUUCAUCUUAGGGGGGGAUUUAAAAAUUUUGUCGAACCAAUCGUCAUUCGCGGAAGGUUCAGCAUCAGCAAAAAAAGUAAACAGGGAGAUAAAUUCUGCUCAAAUUGCCCUGUUCCGAACAAAGGGCAUUUUCUGGAGGAAACGGAAUUGUUAAUACCUUUCAAUACCGGAUGUAAAGGCGGCAAAGUGUGCAACUCAAAUUUAUCAAUCAGCUGGUUUGCUACAGGUGUUAGCAACAAUGAUCAAUGGGCUGUGGGAUCGGGAGACGUAAGUAUUGAUAUCCUAGUAACGAACAACGGAGAGCCAGCGUUUCGAACGAAUAUCACGAUCAAAAUGCCACCGGGAGUUGGUCUUCGGAAAGGGAUAACAUCCUGCUUGGAGACUAAAGAGAGAAAUUGCGUAAUUCUGGAAUGUGAUAUCGGCAACCCUGUUUCCAAGGGGGAUCCGAAAUCAUUAGCCGUCGAUCUCGAUAUGGAGGGAAUCGCAAGCUCGGCUGGAGGGACGAUUUUGCCUUUUACCGUUACUACGAAAACAUUGAGCGUUAAUCACGGCGAAAAUGAAAGUGUUUUCUAUUUGCGACUCGAAAACAGAGCUCACAUAACGCUGAUGGGGGUGGCUAACGAACAAAACCACGAAUAUGAAAAGAAAGGGAAUAAUUCGAAGCUUUCUAUUCGGCACACCUACCAACUUAUAAAAAUAGGACCAUCGUCACUACCGAAAGUACACUUUGCGGUCGACGUACCCGUCGCCAUUACAGAGAAAAACGUUUCCAUUGUUGACAUUCACCUUCCAGAGCUGGAUAGUUCUGGAAACAUGCACGAAUGCUUGAUUCUCGACACUGUAACAUAUAAGAAAACCAUUCUGCCAAACCUAUUACAUUCUCUGCGGCUGACGAAGACUCGCGGAGCUCCUGAGCUGAACGUGGAGGAAAAGGUGGAAGAGCCAGAAGUCGGUGCAAAAGAUGAAGAAGAAAUACACCAUGGAGAGAGAAAAAAUGGAACGCUUCUGGAGGGAAAGACUAGCAUUGACGGUCAAGGCACCGAUCGAACGAUUUAUGUCAAUUGUUCAACAGCGGGCAUAACGUGCCACACAGUAAUGUGUGAUUUCAACAUAUCAAAAACGUCUGGAGACGUAGAAAAUUCGAUCCUGGAUAUGAUGUUUGACGUACAACCAUUAUUCACAUCGGACGAGAGUUUCUUCCUUGUAAACUUCAGCACCGACGCGCGAGCACUAAUCCUUAAACCGACAUCAUUAGUCACGAUGAAUGGUUCGCGCUUUGUGGAAGCUAAAGCGUCCACGAUACUCUACAAGUUGCCGAAGACUGAGAAAUUGGCGGGUUGGGUUUUACCAGUUUCGUUAUGCCUUGGUCUUUUGAUACUGGUACUUCUGAUCAUCAUUUUGUCGAAAGUUGGCUUCUUCACUAGACCAAAAAAGACACGAAUCGGGAAGGCAAAUUAUAUGACAUUGAGGUUGAAGGCGGACGCCAGCUACAGCGAUCCUGACCUUCCGGAAUGAGCGAAUAUACAAUGUACGGAGAUUCUCAGGUAAAACGAAGAACCGUAUACUGCAGGACGGUUGUGGGUUACAAAGGUACAGGGCUACUUGCCGUAUUCACACUGUAGAUUAAAAUUCGCUACUAUUAUGAUUUAAAUAAUUAAGUUCUCACGUAUCUCUGAUAUUUUUUCACCAGUUCAUCACUCACGCGUUUACAUCCGUAAACUGAGGUUUUGUUAAGUAUCACAUGUGUGUAUAUAUAUAUACAUAUACAGUGGACAUAAUAUGACAGUUUUACAGAAAUUUCUUAGUACCUAGUAUAGUGAUAAAGAAUCCGAUUUAAAAUUUGUAUAUUAUUAUCAUCGCUGUUACUUUCGUUGUUUUUGUAUCUUAUGCCUUGAUUAAAUAGUAACUUACGUUUUACAGAAAAAGAAUACUUCUCUGCAUUUACAAUUGUUUUAUGCACUGUAUUGCAUCGUAUCCCGCCUAGGGAUCGGUCCCAAAUUACGAGGAGGAAAGAGGGUAGAAGAGAGGCAUUAUCUUCGUCAGUCAUUACACUUCAUUUUUUGAUUCCAUUUUUGUGUGGUUGCGUCCGAACAUAAGCUACGUAUUUCUACAGUCACGCAAAUGUAGAUAUCUUUGAAAAAUAUCAAAUUUCAAGAGUUGUGGAACCAAUGACAUCGGUUGCGAUGUAAAUCGAUGUCGUAUAUCUGGAGCAUAACAUAUGUAACAGAAAAUUAGUUGAUGUAUUCUACCCUCUCUCUCUUUCUUUAGCACGCAGCGGCCUUUCUUCGUGUAUGUGAUGAUCUCAAUUGUGAAAUUAAUUAGCGUCAUUUUGAUAAACUGGUGUUAUU